AUGGCACGAAGAGGUCGUUCAUCUCCAUCUCCCACACGGAGGCCACCGAUGCGGGCGUCGAGUCCGCAGAGACCCGUCCAGAAAGCGGCACCCGUACAGAGCAAAGCUCCGGCACCCGUCGCCCCUCAGCCCACAGCGAUGGCCGCACCGGCACCGCAAGGGCCCGGACUUAUGGGCCAAAUGAUGGCCACCGCCGGCGGCGUCGCUAUCGGCUCAGCGGUCGGACACACCAUCGGGCAUAUGAUGACCGGCGGUAGUGGUGGUGGCGGUGGUAAUGAGGCCCAGGAGGCGGCCCCUCAGCAGCAAUACUACGACCAGUCGGCGGGCGCUCCCCAACAGCAGCCGACGGCCUGUUCUUUCGAGUUGAAGCAGUUCCUGGACUGCAGCCAAUCGUAUGAUUUGGCCCUUUGCGAGGGCUUUAAUGAAGCGCUCAAACAGUGCCGACAAAACAAUCCCGGAGUCCAGCUUUGA